AUGACGGUGUUCACUGGGCCCCUCUUUGCCCCAUUCGUCGGUGGCUUCAUCGUAGAGAGUUACCUGGGUUGGCGCUGGACGGAAUAUCUCACUGGGAUCACAGGCACCUCGGCUUUUGCCCUGGAUCUAUUCUUUCUGGAAGAAACGUAUCUGCCGGUUGUCCUCAUCGGAAAGGCUGCUGAACUGCAUCUACGGACGAAGAAUUGGGGCAUCCACGCAAAACAAGAGGAAAUUGAGGUGGAGUUGGGUGAGCUCAUUCGGAAGAAUUUCAGUCGUCCGCUGCGAAUCCUAUUCACCGAACCAAUCGUGCUCUUGCGGGGUAUAUACAUGGCAUUCCUGUACGGUUUGCUAUAUCUCUUUAUGAUAGUUUAUCCCAUUGUUUUUCAGCAGAUCUACGGUUUCGGUAAAGGUGUUGGUAGUCUGCCCUAUAUUGGGAUGAUCAUUGGGGAGUUCCUGGGAGGCAUCUUUAUAAUCCUGCUCCAGCCAUGGUACAACAAGAAAUUGGAUGCCAACAAUGAUAUACCCCCCGACAGUGCCGCUUCUGCUCUGGCCGCAAAUAGCGUUCUGCGUUCUGCAGCUGGCGCAGGAUUCCCUCUUUUCGCACCGUCUAUGUUUAACGCUUUCGGCGUCAACUGGACCGGAACCCUGCCUGGCUGCGUCGCUGCGCUCAUGAUGCCCAUGCCGCUCCUCUUUUAUCUGUACGGACACAAGAUCCGGGCUAAGAACAAGUUUACAAUGGAAUAUCUUCCAGCUGUUCAAGCUCACAAUGAUAAGCACGCGGAUUGA